GUGCUACGUGACUGUCGUACUACAUAAUUUCAGUAAAAAAUUGACGUGUUCCUAUCAUUCAUGUUAUCGAGGCAUCGAGCCGAGUCCCGAGGAAAAUGAGUGUACACUGACUACACUGUACAAAAGUAUAAAACGCCUUAAACACUAAACAGUAAUCAUUACAAUAUUAAUUUUAAUAGGCACUGUGACUACUUCGUAAAAAAAUAAUUUAUUCAGAAUACAUUCAAAUAAAUAACUAUUUCUUUACGUUUAAUGUUUAUACCUAUUUGAUUUCGUUCCGACUCAAUCUCUCAAUCACAUAUUUUGUCAGUUGUUAUUUCUAAUACAUACAGAUUGCUCCAUUCGUUAAUUAAGUGCAUAUAUUUUUGCCUUAAAAUGUUAUGUGUAGUUAAGUAAAAUUUCUCAAUUUAGUAUUUGCAUYAAACCACACCCUUAGCAGUAUUAUCUUUAGAAAUGGGGCUUUGUAAAUGUCCAAAACGCAAAACAACGAGCCAUUUUUGUUUUCAUCAUUGUGUCAAUGUCUGUGAGCAUUGCAUUGUUAACAAUCAUACAACAUGCACAGUUAAAUCAUAUACCACCUGGCUGAAAGAAGCAAGUGGUAGCAUAUCGUCAUCAUCGGUUACAUCAGCUGCAUUAUGUGCUGUUUGUCAAAAACAAUUUGUUUUAACAUCAAAAGAAGUUGAUAAUUCAUCAGUUCAUUCCAAUGGUCCUAKAAGUAAUACUAAAAUUCCUAUACGGCUUUUAUGUUAUCAUGUAGUGCAUACACGAUGUUUAUCAUCUUAUGUUAAAAAGCAAUUUAAAGAAGGAAAUAUUUUGAAAUGUCCAUCAUGCGAUCGACAAUUGUGGAUGCAACAAGAAAACCAAUCACAAGUUUCUGAUGACAACUCAGGAGUUGAAUCUAAUGAUUUAACACCUGUUGCAUCACUGUUGUACAAACAUUUAUUGGAUAAUGGCAGUUGGUGGGGCCAGGCAUUGAUUAAAAAUGGAAAUGUGAAUGAUAUUGAGAAACAUUUAAUUGAAGAUGAAAUGCGUGAACUUGGAGAAGAAUCAGAUGAAGAAAUACAACAAUUCGAAAGCCUAUCAACAUUUAAAGAUAAUACUUCUCAAAUAAAUAUUAUUGCAGACAAUUCAUCCCCAAUCACACUAGCUGAAAAAAUGCAUUUGCCUGAUAGUAGCAAUGGUUAUUACAAUCGUUUUGAAUUAAAAAAUACAGCACCAGAUGUAACAACUAUCAACUACCGUAAUAAUACAAAUCAAAUAUAUCAGCCAAUUCAUCAUCGACACUUCAACAAUAACUAUGGUCAAGAUUCAGCAUUAACAUUACAGCAGUUGCAGCAUAAUCAUCAUCAUCAUCAACAACCACAACAACAACAACUGUGUUCAUCUGUUAAUAUGACAACAAUUGCACAGAGUUCAGAUUUGAAUAAUAGACAURUGAUAACGUCCAUUACUCCAUUAUUAUUAAAUAAUGAAAAUAAUUUGAAUCAUGAUGAACAACAAGAUCCUAGUGGAAAAUACAGGCCUAAAAAGUUUAACAAUCAAUCUUGGUCUUUAAGUUACCAACGUCUAUUGCAAUAUUUUCGAGGUACAAACAAUAAAGUAGAAGAUUAUAGUACUACAAGAAUCGCCACAAUAAUUCUUUUUUGUUUGUUGAUAAUUGUAGUUUUAUUAGUAGCUAUUACUAGUUAUACACGUUCCAAUAAUGAACCAUUUGAUAAUAACAGCAUAGAUUAUGCUGGAGAUGAUAUUGAAAAUAAUAGUGAUGGUGUAGCAACAAAUUUAAAAAGCUUCAAUGUUAACAAUUUGUAACACUAAAUGUAACUGAAGUAAUAUUACUAAUAAUUUUGAUGUACCAUUUGUUUCUGAUUAGAUUAAAAGAUAAACUUUUUUUUUGUUUUCAUUGCAAAUCAUUGUGCAAUCAUAUUAAUCAUUAUAUUUUAUUGUGAGAUUCUCACUCAGUUAUUUUAUCAGUCGCAAAAAUAUUACAUUAAAAUUGUUUCUAAUAUAGUGAUAUUUUUCACACAAAACCUUGAAUU